AACAACUUCAGUUUUUAGAAAAGUUGCUUCAAUGAUAAUUUUUACUAGUUUGAAUGAAUUGAUAUAGGUAUUUGAUUACAGGCUUAUGAUAGUUGUAAGUUCUAUUAGGCAUUGAAAAAAUUUGGUUUGGUUUUCGUUGUAUAGGUGGAACUCAUGCAAUUCAAGAAAUUCCAACAGGAUUGGACUUGAAGAGUUAUUCAGAAACCCCCAUAUCACCAUCAAAGUUGUUUGAAGUAGUGCUGAUGACCUGCAGACACUCAACAAAAAUCUUCAAUCGAUUAAGAAAUCGCCUUGCUUGGAUGCAAAAUUAUCAGACAUAUGCCACUGGCACAUCAGCUGCACCAACCUAUCUCCCUGCUCUCCAGUUCACCAAUAAAGAGCCAAAAGGAAAUGUGCAUGAAUUCAACCUCAUUGAUGGUGGUGUUUGUGCCAAUAAUUCGGUUAUGCCCCAGCCAAGAAUGACUUUCUAUUUGAGAAGGUUUGUUUCCAGAAAUGGUAAGGGUGGGGGAAGUCAAUUCUUGAGGAUUUUUCAGUGUUAGGUUGUCCCACUAUUUUAUUGCACAGAUGUGUGGAAGGGCAGGGCGACCACCAUUUGAUGAUACAGGCUUGGUUAUAAUCAUGACAAGGAGAGAAACGGUUCAUUUGUAUGAGAAUCUCUUAAAUGGAUGUGAAGUAGUGGAAUCACAAUUGCUUCCAUGUGUGACGGAACAUUUACUUGCGAAAAUAGUUCAACUGACAGUAACUGAUAUUACAAAAGCAAUUGAGUGGUUGCAAUGCUCAUACUUGUAUGUUAGAAUGAAAAAGAACCCUGAGAACUAUUCAAUUAAGAAAGGAAUUUCUGGUGAUCGUUUAGUGAAGCAUGUUCAAGAUAUUUGUGUUAAGAAAGUUAACGAGUUAUCUCAGCAUCAAAUGGUAGAGAUUGAUGAAGAUGGUUUCCUCUUGAGCCCAUUAGAUCCUGGGAGGCUAAUGACAGUAUUAUUUGAGAUUUGAUACUAUGAAACAGAUAAUGAGGACACCUGAAAACUGCUGUCUAGAAGAUGCACUUCAUGUUAUUUGCUCUGCAGAAGAAAUUGCUUGUGCGGAUAUUCUCAUUAACUGUUUUAGUGUCUAAUGCAAAUAUGUUUCUUCAUUAAGUAUUGAUAUAGUGUUGUACCCGUAAAAUGAAGGGAUACAGCUAAGACGCAAUGAGAAGAACUUUUGUCAUUUGUUGCUGGAUAAUUUUAAGGUUGGGACUAUGUCCCAUAGUUUUAUCAUGAUUCUCCAUAGCUUUGUCAGUCAUGUUUCACUCAAAAGCAAGCCUAUUCUAAUGAAAACCGACAAGUUUGGGCUCU